UACAUUUGGUCCAACAACUUAAGUUUGAAGUUACAGUUUCAAUUUUCAACACACAAGACAAGAAGAUAGAUCUAAACUGUAAUUCGAGAAAAAUGGCGAGUGCGGAGGCGCGUCUGGAUCACCUCCCUCACGCUCUCCUCGCUUCCAUCAUGACCAAACUCGACAUCGCUUCCAUCUGUUCCUUAGCUUCAACCUCAUCCACUUUCCGUUCCUGCGCCAAACACAUCCUCUCCUUCCUCCCCAAUUUCCAUCUCCUUGACAUUGCGCCUUCUAGUGACUUGGUUACACCGUUGCUUCCACCAAAUCCCUACCUUACGAGCCUCAAAGUUGAUUGUGGUCGUCUUGAUGAUUCUGCAAUUCCUUUUUUGGUGAAACCGUCUUUGCACGAGCUUUCUUUGCAUAAUUGUUCUGAUUUCAGUGGGAAACUUCUCUCUCAGAUCGGGAAUCAAUGCAAAGCCCUAAGGUCACUUUACUUGGGUUCGGUUGCAGAAAAAAGAGGGAGGUCAAUUCAUAUAUCUGAUUUGGAGGAGUUACUUAGUGGUUGCUCCCAAUUGGAAGUUUUGAUUCUGAUGUUUGAUGUCUCUCGCUUUCUACGUCAUAACUUAGCUCGAAUUUGGGCUUCCGCCUCUGAGAAACUUACUUCUCUCGAGAUUGGAUAUAUUUCUUCAGUUACAGUGAUCGAACUGUUCAGCUCAAAUUUGGGAUCUCAUCAGUCCCUUAAUCCUAUUCAACCAUCCAUACUUCCAGGGAUUCAAAAAUUGUGUCUUUCAGUUAACUAUAUAACUGAUGCUAUGGUUUCUACCAUAUCCAAAGGUCUGAUCUUUUUGACCCACUUGGAUCUUCGUGAUGCACCAUUUGUUGAACCAAGAAUUACAUUUGAUCUAACCAAUGCCGGCCUUCAGCAAAUCAAUCAACUUGGGAGAUUGAAACAUCUUUCAUUGAUCCGAAGCCAAGAGUACAUAAUUUGCUACUUUCGAAGAGUAAACGAUCUAGGAUUACUUUUAAUGGCUGACAAGUGUGCAAACAUGGAGAGCAUAUGCCUUGGUGGCUUUUGCCGUGUCACGGACACCGGAAUUAAAACUAUCCUGCAUUCUUGCUCUCGUCUAUACAAGUUUAAGGUCACUCAUGGGACUCAAUUAACUGAUCUAGUUUUCCAUGAUAUCUCUGCAACAUCCCUAACUUUAACACAUGUGAGCUUAAGAUGGUGCAAGCUAUUAACCAAUCAUGCUGUUCUUAGUUUGACAUCAAACAAGGAACUUAAAGUUCUCGACUUGAGAGAUUGCAGAAGCCUUGGGGAUGAAGCUCUUCGAGCUGUUGGCAUACUUUCGAGACUGAAAAUUUUACUAAUAGAUGGCUCUGAUAUAACUGAUGCUGGACUUUCAUACUUACGGCCAACCGUUAUUAAUUCACUAUAUGCAUUGUCUCUUCGAGGGUGCAAGAGACUCACAGAUAAAUGCAUCACAGUUCUAUUUGAUGGUUGUGGCAAAUUGGAAUUAAGAGACUUGGAUCUAUCUAAUCUUCCCAACCUCUCAGAUAAUGGAGUUCUACAACUUGCAAAAAGCCGAAUUCCAUUUUUUGAUCUCCGAAUGCGACAAUGCCCUCUAAUUGGUGAUACCUCGAUCAUGGCAUUAGCUUCUAUGAUGACUGAUGAUGCUGGAUGGUGUGAAAGCGGUUUGCGCUUAUUGGAUCUUUAUAACUGUGGUGGCAUUACGCCACUUGCUUUUCGUUGGUUAAAGAAACCAUAUUUUCCAAGGCUUAAAUGGUUGGGUGUGACUGGAAGUGUUAAUAGAGAUAUGGUAGAUGCUUUAGCUAGAAGUAGACCUUUCUUGUAUGUGGAAUGCAAUGGUGAGGAGCUUGGGGCUGACCCCUGUGAUAUGUCAGAUGGUUUAUAUACACAUGAUUAUGAUGAGGUGGAUGAAUUUGAACAGUGGCUUCUUGAAGCUAAUACUGAUGAUGAUGAAGAAAUGGAUGAUGCUGAAAAUAAUGAAGAAUUGGUUGUGUAGUUUGCUGUUAAACACUUCUGUAUAUUACUCCGUGUAUGUCUGUAACUGUAACCUAUUCUCUGGCGAGGUGUUACUCCUCCACUUGUCUAACUUAUUCUCUGGCGAGGUGUUACUCCUCCACGUGUCUGUAACUUAUGAUAUGCUCUGUUAUGUAUCUUCUUGUUGUGGGUAAGUUGUGUAAAAGAUCAUUAGAUUUGUUUUAAGUAAUAGCAACCUUGUUAUGAGGUUUUUCUUUUGCUCUUCAAAUCCUCCACUUUUGCCUUGUAUUUGCUGUUGGGAACUUGUAAAAAAAAUAUUAUUCCCGGACUUGUAUAAAAAAUAAUGUUCCCAAAAUUCAUUUGUUUGGAUUAA